CGCUGCCACGCUGCGGUUCGUUUUGUUCGCCGUUCGGUUCGCUGCCUCACGUCGCGUCGCUCAACUCGAUCCGGAUCCGGAUCCGGCGGCCUUUCGCUCGACUCGCGCACAAAAUAUUUAAAUAUAAUUUCUCAAUGAAUGAAACUAAAUGCAACAAAUUAGCGCACACGAAAACGACAACAAAAUAGAAAGAUAAAUUAAUCUAAUCAAUCUGCUGGCGGCCAUCUUUCAGCUGGCACUGUUUCAGUGUCGCACCUUUUGCCGUGUGUUAGUCGGGCACGGUCCGAGUCUCGGCACAGUUAGAGCAAAGCUCCACGAGAGGAGCGAGCAAUCAAAAGUAUUCGCAGCACACGUGUUCGCACAGUGCGUAAGAAAGAUGUGCGGCCCUGCACAAGUGGCGCCACCUCCAGUGGUGGUGCAAAAGUGUUAAAACUCGUACAUAACUGUGUGUGCGAGAGAGUGUGUGAGUGUGAUAGUGCCUGGCACAUAAGCCGAUCCCCCACCCAAAACAUCAUCUUUUGUUUGGAUAUAUCAAAAAUCGAAAUCGGAGAGUCCCCAAGUGUAACAAAAACACAAAACAAAACUACGCCAAAACAGCAAACACGGAUAUAUACAACCACAUCAAGUAGAUUCAUAAAUAAUCAAACUACAGCGCUCAAAUUACCAAAGAAAAAGUGAAAAAAUAAACGUAGCAUAAGUAGGAUCUAGAAUCGAUCGAGCUACCCACCCACCCGAUCCCCACACCUAGUUCCGCUUUCGUUUCCCGCCCAAAAUGCUUCAACAUCCUGCCACAGAUUUCUACGAUCUGGCAGCGGCCAAUGCGGCUGCUGUCCUCACCGCCCGCCACACACCGCCCUACAGCCCCACAGGUCUAAGUGGCUCCGUGGCGCUCCUCAACAACAACAACAACAACAACAACAGCAGCAGCACUGGGAAUAGCAACAACAACAACAAUCUGGACAUUAUGACGCACAAUGGAGUGGGUGGCGGAGGAGGUGGACUGCACCUAACUGGCGGCAGCAAUGGAGGCGUGACGGGCGGAGGCGCUGCCUCCGGCGGCAGGGAGAAUCUGCCCAGCUUCGGCUUCACCCAGGAGCAGGUGGCCUGCGUCUGUGAGGUCCUGCAGCAGGCUGGCAACAUCGAGAGACUGGGCCGCUUCCUCUGGUCGCUGCCACAAUGUGAUAAGCUGCAGCUGAACGAGUCUGUGCUGAAGGCCAAGGCGGUCGUUGCAUUCCAUCGUGGCCAGUACAAGGAGCUGUAUCGCCUGCUCGAGCAUCAUCACUUUUCGCCCCAAAAUCACGCCAAGCUUCAGGCCCUGUGGUUGAAAGCGCAUUAUGUGGAAGCCGAAAAACUGCGCGGAAGACCCUUGGGUGCUGUUGGCAAAUAUCGGGUUCGUCGCAAAUUUCCAUUGCCCCGCACCAUCUGGGAUGGCGAGGAGACGAGCUACUGUUUUAAGGAGAAAUCCCGCUCUGUAUUGAGAGACUGGUACUCGCACAAUCCAUAUCCAUCUCCGCGCGAGAAACGCGAUCUGGCCGAGGCCACCGGACUGACCACCACACAGGUUUCCAAUUGGUUCAAGAAUCGACGACAAAGAGACCGAGCCGCCGAGCAUAAAGACGGCUCCACGGACAAGCAACACUUGGACUCCUCCAGCGAUUCGGAGAUGGAGGGCAGCAUGUUGCCCAGUCAAAGCGCACAACAGCAGCAGCAGCAACAACAACAACAGCAGCAGCAGCAGCAGUCCCCCAACAACAACGGCCUGCAUCAACAGCAACUGCAACAGCAGCAUGCUGCCGCCGAGCAACAGAGUCUGCAACAUCAUCCCCACCAGCAACACCAUCCCGCCGCCACUGGUGCCACAAGCGUCGCCAGUAAGACCGGUCACAGCGGGGCAGGAGGAGGAGGAGGUGGCGGCUCUACAACAGCAACACAAAUGCAAAUGCCGCCACUCUCCGCAGCCGUCGCAUAUUCCCACCUGCAUAGUGUGAUGGGCGCCAUGCCCAUGACCGCCAUGUACGACAUGGGGGAGUAUCAGCACUUAUGAUUCUAGUUGGAGGCGGCUGCUGCCGCCACCAGCGCAAGCGGGAACGGGAAGGCAAACGGAAGCAGCAUCAACAAUGCCUACGGAUGGCACCAACAGCGUCAGCGCCAGCAGGAUCUGUCGGAGAGCUUUUACUUCUGAUCGAUUCUGGAGCGCAGCUGAACGGAACCUUAGCAAUAUUUAGAGAGAGAAAGAGGAGAGAGCGCAUCGUCGUAGCAACAAAUUCUAUAUAACGUUAAACACAGCAACAACACUUUCUGCAUAAUCUAGCAUUUUUCUGCAAACCAAUGGAAAGAUAGAGAUAUAGAUAAAUAGGGGGAGA